ACCUUAAACGAUAUAUAACACACGACAACAACAUAAUAUGUGUGCAAACCGUGGUGCUUUGUUGGUUGCAACGACUGUUGGAGUAGUGGAGACGUUGAAGGAUCAAGGGUAUUGCAAAAUGAACAACACAAUGAAGUCGAUGGCUCAACAUGCCAAGAACCAAAUAGGGUCGGCAACUCAGGCCAAGAAGCUGGCUUCUCCUUCUUCUUCAGCAGUUUCAAAUAUGGGGAGAGAUGAGAAGAGGAGAAAGGCAGAGGAGUCUCUGAGAACAGUCAUGUAUUUGAGUACAUGGGGUCCCAAUUCUUAGAUUAGUGAUAAAUUAUUAAUAUUAGCAUAGUUCAGCAAGUACGUACGGCACAAAAAUAUGAUGCCAUACCACUCAUCACUCAUCAGCCACGUAAUUCUAUAAAACUAGAGAUGAGUGCUCAUAGCAGCACCGUUGGUGGAUGAUAUAUUGAGCAAGGUGAAGGUUUUGAUCCUUUAUUUGCUGAUGGGGCAUCCUGGGUUAGUUACCAUUUAGAUAUGACUGUAAAUUGCCUAUCAAUAAAAACUCAUGCUUGCUUCGGCAUGGAAAUUUGUGUGA